GCCCAGUGCUCUAAGGCUGGGACUGUGGCGCGCUAGUUCCAAAGUCCGAACGAAGCGGGAAGCUGGAGAGAGAGCAGGAUCCGACCGCACAAAGGAAGCGCCAUGGUCCGCUCCUUAAACUCCAUAGUGGCCGUGUGCCAGAACAUGGGUAUCGGGAAGAACGGAGACCUCCCCUGGCCGCCGCUCAGGAAUGAGUUUAAAUAUUUUCAAAGAAUGACUAUGAUGACCACUGCAGAAGGUAAACAGAAUGUGUUGAUAAUGGGUAGGAGGACUUGGUUCUCGAUUCCUGAGAAGAAUCGCCCUUUAAAAGAUAGAAUUAAUAUAGUGCUUAGUAGAGAGCUCAAGGAAACCCCAAAAGGAGCACAUUGUCUUGCCAAAAGUCUGGAUGAUGCUUUAGUUCUUCUCGACUCUCCAGAGUUAAAAAGUAAGAUAGACGUAGUUUGGAUCAUUGGAGGCAGUUCCGUUUAUAAGGCAGCAAUGGCAAAACCAGUUCACCAGCGAUUGUUUGUGACAAGAAUUUUGCAUGAGUUUGAAAGUGAUACAUUUUUUCCAGAAAUUGAUUUAGAGAAAUACAAACUUCUCCCAGAAAAAGAAGAGACUCAGACGGGAUAUGAUAGAAGUCUAUAAAAUCACGACCGGUAUGAAGAAAGCAGAUAGGGAUACCCAGGAGUCCCUGCUGAUAUCCAGGAAGAGAAUGGCAUCCAGUACAAAUACGAAGUGUAUGAAAAAACUGUUUAGAUAUAAUUAAUGUGAGGGUUAUUGAACUAAUGCAUACUGUGGACAUAUAUUAAAGUUUAAUUAUUUAUACUUUUUUUAUAGUUACCAGAGAAACCAUGAUUAUUUCGGAGUUUAGAAUGUUUUGAUCAGCUGUCAAGUUAAUGGAAAGACACUCGCUUGACCUCAGGGAGAUUUGAUCUGGUCCAAAGCAUAGGGAAAUAACUGUGGUAUUUCCCACUUUGUGUGGUAACUAAAAAUAAAUUUUAAUUUUAAGUGUCAUCCACAGUGCUAUAUCAC